AUGGUAAAGAAUUCUCUAAAAUCUAGUUUUGGGGAAGAUUCCAAACAAGCUUCAGGAAAGAAGACUAAGAAAACAAUUAGCAAGGAGUGUAAAAUCUCUAAUGUUAUAAAAAGUUUAAGUGAACAGAUUGUUAAAAGAAGCGCUGAUUUAAGUCAUGGAAGAUGGGUGGAUCUUGAUGCGAAACGACCUUCACCUAGAGCACACUCAACACUGACUCUAAUAGAAGAAGGGCUCUGUGUUAUGUUUGGAGGAGAGUUUUUCGAUGGUUCCAAUGUAAUCUUGUAUAACGAUACAUUCUUGUAUAAUCUAUCAACAAACAAAUGGAAGGUUUUGGAUACUCCAGCAGUUCCACUGCCAAGGUGUUCGCACCAGGCAACUUUCUACAAAAAUCGCAUUUACAUAUUUGGAGGAGAAUUCAACACACUCGAUGAGUUUCAUCACUUCAAUGACAUUCACUAUCUGUGCUUAUCAACACUUAGGUGGACUAAGCUUGAUGUGACGGGCCAAAUACCAAGUUCUAGGAGUGGUCACAGAAUGGUUUUAUGGAAAAAUUACUGGGUUUUAUUUGGCGGAUUCCACGAUAACGGAAAUGAAUCAACUUACUACAACGAUCUAUAUUAUUUUGAUUUGGAAAACAAUUGUUGGCACCAAGUUAACCAGCAUCUUUUUACAUCAUCACUGCCAGAACCUAGAGCAGGUUGCGUAUUAUUAGCACUCAAUGAUGGUAAACAUCUGAUGAUGCACGGAGGGUUCAGUAAAAAGGACUCAUCUAAUGACGUAGUUGGCUCAAGUUACAAGGAUUCAUGGCUGAUUGAUAUGAACUUGCUCUUGUCAAAUAGUGGAAAUGUUCUAGUUUGGUCAAAAGUGAAAGGAUGUGAGCCUGAAUUUUCCACAGGUUUAUCUUUUGCUACAAGUUCUGAAUACGCUGUUUUGUUUGGCGGAGUUAACGAUGAGUAUAAGGGAUUACAUGUAAAGUCUACGUUUUCAAAUAAAUGUUUCAAAUUAAAUUUGAACCAGAGGAAAUACAAUCCAACUGAAAUUGGAUUUGAGCGAGAAAAUAAAGACGAUAACUUAGGCAUAUCAAAACUAUCAUUAUCUAAAUCAUUCCCAACGCCAAGAAUGAAUUCGAACGCAGUAAUAUAUAACGACACAUUAUAUAUAUUUGGUGGAAUAGUUGAGGUUAAAGACAUGGAAAUUACAGAGAGCGAUUGCUGGGCACUGGAUCUCAAAACGAAUGAAUGGAAAUGUAUAGAUGAAGGCUUUGAAAAACAAGGGCUGUACAAUAAUCAAAUCGAAUCAGAUGAAAGUGAUGAUGAAUUUGAUGAAGAUAGUGGAGAUGAAACAGAAGAAAUGUAUGAAUCUGAUGAAGGUGAUUAUGAUGAGGAGACGGAAGAAGAAUUAUAA